AUGGAUCCUGUGCAAGAGCUUAUUGCGGGCGUUGGCCUGUCAGACGUGGAGGAGGGCGGCCACAGACCGGCGCAGGGGUCCUCGUUAGCAUCGUCGACCGCGCUCGACGCGCCCAGUGCACCCGCGCCUGCAUCUCCUCCCGCCGCGGCACCACCGCGGCGCACAAAGAUGGUGUUUUUGUACAGCGACGAGGAUGACGUGGGCGGUGAUGGCGACGGCGAGGGCCGCAGAGCGACACAGCCUGCGAGCGGUGUAGCGGAGGUGCUGUGUGAUGACCACGCCAUUGCCGUCUCGGCGGAUGCGCUCGCGAAAUUGCAAACAGAGGCGGCGGAAGUGACAGCAGCGGGGAUUUCGGACGCUCAGACAUCCCUGUUGGACGCCAAAGGGGACGCUGACGGCUUCUCCUUUGAAGAGGACGUGCUGAGUGGACUAGUCGGUGGUGCCUCUGCCUCGUUCACCACCGAUGAGGGGAUGCGGGUGAGAGAGGUGACAGCACCAGAGUUGUGGGAGGGCGCUGUGGCGGUGGCUGCGUCCUCUUGUCUUCUCAGCGGUGGCCCAGAUGCCGCCUCCUCAGCCGCAGACGAGCUGCCUCUCCUUCUGCGUCGGGGACUGCCGGCUGCUGACUUUGUGCUCCAGUCGCGACGCAAGCGCUUCCGUGAAGUGCCGGCGUCUGCCGGUGACACGGUUCAGUCGUCACCCAAGAGCGCUGCUGCGGCUAUGACUGGCGGCGAGUCUGCAGCGGCGAACUCAGCAGCGGCAGCCGAGUCGGCCCCACAAGAUGGGUCUUCUUCCUCAGAGCUGCAUGUUGACCACCCUCAAAGCGGGCAGCGUGACGACGGCAGUGACAGCGUCGAGGUGGAAGUGGAGGAGGAGCUCGACGUGUACCCGGUGUUCGAGGAAAACGGCAGGACAGUGCGUGCUCUGCGAACGCGUUGCGGAUACGAGCUUACCUUGGACGAGCGCGACUUGCUCGAGGACUGGGCAGAGGGGGAUGAGGAAGAUGCGGGGGAGGGGUGCGCAGAUCAAGGCGAGGACGCAGCACCGCCUGCCGCCGCUGCUGUAACCGAGGGGGACGAGCAGGCCGAUGAUGGUGAUCAUGACGCGCACAAUCAUGAUGCUCCAUCCACGACGAGGGCUGGCCAGACGGCCAACUCCGCAGGCACAGCUGCCGCAGACGACGACGAGGAUGCAGACGCGGACUUACCGGUGCAGGCAGAGGCUGAGGACUGUGGUGACUUCCGUGACUUCAGCGACGAGGAGGACGAAGAGGAGGCUGAGCUCGACGAGGCAAUCAUUGUUGCUGUGGUGGAGCAGCUGUUGCGCUGCUGCGAGGCUGAUGACUUGGACCCGAAGAUAAGCGUCGAGGCGGGCCGCUUCAUCGGCGCUGCCAAGCCGCUGCUGGAGCAGCUGACCAACGAGGUGAUCAGCCCAGCCGAGUUUGUCCAGCGCAUGGAGCGUGACCUGCGCCGCUUCCAGCGCAUCUACCAAAGCAUCUACCGCCCUCGCGACUCACCGAUCGUCAUUGACGGCGUCGUGACCGAUUUGUGA